AUGGUUCGAUCUGCCGUUGUCUUUCUGACGGCUCUGCUAGCUACCGCCAAUGGCUUUGUGACAUCCAAUACCCAACAGGUCAAUCAUCACAAGAUGGCACCAAAGCCAAUGCUAUCCAGCCCUUUCAACAGCAACAACCAGCUCAUCAAGAAGACUGAUCCAUUCCAAUCCACCACCACUUCCCUGGCGGCAGGACCAGAAGAUAUUAUUGCCGAUCCAUCCAUGUCUCAGUACUUGAUCAAACUAUUGCUGGAACAACUCAUCAUCAAGGGUGUACCUACCGUGUUUACCCUCUUGGUCAUUGGAUUUGCCGCAUUUCAGUUUCGACCUCGCAAAGAUCAGGACGAUGAAGAGGUAUUUGGACAAAUGAUGGCCGGGGAAAAAACCAAAAAUCCAGCCGCCGAACUCUACAGUGACUUGUACGAAGGAGACGAAGACGAAAGCCGCAAUGCCAACAAAUCACCGUUUUCCUUUCUACGAAAACUCGGCGGCAAUAAGGGUACACCGGCACAAACCAAUCGAGGAAUUCCCGCACUGCAGUACAUUCAAAUCACCAAUCUCAAUCAAAAAUACGACAGUUACGAUUAUUCCCUCACGGCCGCUACACAAUCCAAGGCCAAAGCAGCUGCAACCUUGCGAGCCAAAAACUUUGACCGGGCCUUGCGAUUGGCCGUCACCGUGGGGGGUGAUAAUGAUAAGUCUGAUGAAACAGCAACAGCAGCAACAAUUACCAAGCUAUCUCCCUUUGCCAAGACCACCUUGUUGGAACUCGAAAAGGAAUUCUUGAAAGAAGGAGUCCAACUUUUGAAUGCCAUUCAAACCUCACAAACCGAUUUGGCCCGGGCGGCUAUUGAUGAAGAAAUGCAAGCCAUGGGAGUCGACGUGUACGAAUUGGAUCCCGAUGAGAGUACGACUACUACGGGCGACAAUACUACCACCACGGCGGAGAAGGAUGCCAGUAAUGCUACAACUACUGCCAAGACCAAUGCAACCACCACCACUACUACAAGCAGCGUCCGUGUCCGGGACAUGGGCAAGAAGAAAAAGCGCAGCAGUGACAGCAAGAGCAAGAGAGAAAGCCAAGCAAAAGCCAUGACCAAGCUAGUCAGCACACAGGCAGAACUGGCCAAGCUGGAAACCAAUUUCAUCAAGGAUGUCGUCGCGACGCUGGGAUCCGAACGGGCCAGUGGACUUCGAACUGCCUUGUUGGGAGACAUUGCGGCGCGUGGAGCUGGUGGACUCUUGACGCAGCUUCAGGAUAGACCUCUGUCAAAGCUCCUCGUCGACGCAGCUUCUCCUUCGGAUACGGAUGACGGCCCCAAGUCGCUCUUUGUCACUAAAUUCCCUGGUGAUGUUCAAGCGUCCCAGGUGAACGAGUUGCGCGAAGAAGUCACAGCGAUUGUACGCAAUGCCAAACCAGGGGAUGAAGCCCUUGUCAUUUUACAGUCCGGGGGAGGAACCGUCACGGGUUAUGGAUUGGCGGCAGCACAGUUGAUGCGAUUCAAACAAGCCGGGAUGAAACUUACCAUUGCCGUGGAGCAAGUGGCAGCAUCGGGCGGAUACAUGAUGUGUUGUGUCGCCGAUAGGAUUAUCAGUUCGCCCUUUGCCGUGUUGGGUAGUAUUGGUGUCAUUUCAGAUAUCCCGAAUGUCUACGAACGGCUCAAGAAAGAGGGAAUUGAGUUCCAAACGGUCACGGCAGGAAAGUACAAGCGUACCAUUACACCUACCAAGAAGGUAACUCCCGAGGACUUCCGCAAGUCGCAACAGGACGUGGAGCAGAUUCUGGUGCUAUUCAAGCAAUUUGUGCAUCAGAAUCGUCCCAGUUUGGAUAUCGAAAAGGUUGCUACCGGUGAAACUUGGUUUGGGGAGGAUGCCCUCGAACUUGGGUUGACAGACGAGAUCAAAACUGCCGAUGAAGUGUUGACGGAAUUUGUGGAUGGUGGUUGGGACGUGUUUGAAGUGGAAUACAAACCCCCUGAUGAGGAGGCACUGGCGUUUGGUGGCCUUCCGCGCAGUAGUGACGGCAGCAACAGCAAGGGUGUGAUUGGAGGCGCUGUGCGGUGGCUUGUGAGAACGUUGGUGGAUGAGGUAAAGGCUGAACUUGGCGACAUGGAUCUGCAGCAGCAACAAUCUCCCCAAAGGAAACACAUGAUGGUAGAUGACAGCGCAGAUCGUUUCCGGGCACAAGACAAAUAA